UGUGACCGGGAAGAUGGCGGCCUUCCCCUGGCACUCCCGGAGCAGGAGCUACAAGGCGGAGCUUGCAGCGUGCCGGCUGCAGGCCGUGCCUCUGGAGUCGGGCGACUGCCACCCCCUGAAGCCCAUCACUGUCACCGAGUCCAAGACGAAGAAAGUGAGCCGGAAAGGCAGCACCUCUUCCACGUCCUCCUCUGCCUCCAGCUCCGUGGUGGACCCGCUGAGUGGUGUAUUGGAUGGAGCUGACCCUCUGUCCAUGUUUGCAGCCACUGCUGACCCCGUGGCCACAGCGGCUGUUACGGACAGUUCCAGAAAGAAACGAGACAGAGGUGAAAACUCCGUAGUCGGAUCAGACUUCGAGCCUUGGGCCAGCAAACGAGGAGAAAUCCUUGCCCGGUAUACUACCACAGAGAAGCUCUCCAUUAAUCUGUUUAUGGGAUCUGAAAAAGGCAGAGCCGGGCCUGCUGCAUUCGCCGUGUCAGAGAAGGUUCGGACCAGGCUGGAAGAACUGGAUGACUUUGAGGAGGGAUCUCAAAAGGAACUGCUGAAUUUGACGCAACAGGAUUAUGUGAAUCGAAUAGAGGAACUUAACCAGUCGCUGAAGGACGCCUGGGCUUCGGACCAGAAAGUAAAGGCACUAAAAAUAGUCAUCCAGUGCUCGAAGCUCCUCUCGGACACCAGUGUCAUUCAGUUCUACCCGAGCAAGUUCGUCCUCAUCACGGACAUACUCGACACGUUCGGCAGUCUGGUGUACGAGCGCAUCUUGUCCAUGUGUGUGGGCGAUCGCAGCGUUUCACCAGACCACUUCUCUCCGGAGAGUGCCAACGACACAGCCAAGGAAACGUGCUUGAAUUGGUUCUUCAAGAUUGCUUCGAUCAGGGAACUCGUUCCGAGAUUUAGCUACGUGGAAGCGUCCAUCCUGAAGUGUAACAAGUUCCUCUCCAGCACGGGCAUCUCGGAAUGUCUGCCCCGCCUGACGUGUAUGAUUCGGGGGAUUGGAGACCCGCUGGUGUCAGUGUACGCCAGGGCCUAUCUGUGCCGGGUGGGAAUGGAAGUGGCUCCACAUCUCAAAGAAAGCCUGAACAAGAACUUUUUUGACUUCCUCCUGACGUUCAAACAGAUUCAUGGGGACACAGUGCAGAACCACCUGGUGGUCCAAGGAGUGGAGCUUUCGUCUUACCUCCCCCUGUACUCGCCUGCCAUGGACUGGAUCUUCCAGUGCAUUUCCUAUCGUGCCCCGGAGAUUCUGCUAACUGAGAUGAUGGAGCGAUGCAAGAAACUAGGAAACAAUGCCUUGCUUUUGAAUUCUGUGAUGUCUGCCUUCCGGGCCGAGUUCAUCGCCACCAGGUCCGUAGAUUUCAUUGGCAUGAUUAAAGAGUGCAAUGAGGCCGGCUUCCCCAAGCAUCUUCUUUUUCGCUCACUGGGGUUAAACCUGGCCUUAGCUGAUCCUCCGGAGGGUGAUCGACUUCAGAUUCUCAAUGAAGCUUGGAAAGUUAUUACUAAAUUGAAGAAUCCACAGGACUACAUUAACUGUGCUGACGUGUGGUCGGAGUACACCUGCAGGCAUUUUACGAAACGAGAGGUGAACACCGUCUUGGCCGAUGUCAUCAAGCACAUGACUCCAGAUCGUGCAUUUGAGGACUCCUACCCUCAGCUUCAGUCAAUAAUUAAGAAAGUCAUUGCCCACUUCCACGAUUUCUCAGUUCUUUUCUCCGUGGAAAAAUUUCUGCCAUUUCUGGACAUGUUCCAAAAAGAGAGUGUGCGGGUGGAGGUUUGUAAAUGCAUCAUGGAUGUUUUCAUCAAGCAUCAGCACGAGCCCACCAAGGACCCGGUCAUCCUGAACGCCCUCCUGCACGUGUGCAAGACCAUGCAUGACUCUGUGAAUGCACUCACUCUUGAGGAUGAGAAAAGAAUGCUGGCACAUUUGAUUAAUGGAUUUAUAAAAAUGGUGUCCUUUGGUCGUGAUUUUGAGCAGCAGCUGAGUUUCUAUGUCGAAGCCAGGUCUAUGUUUUGCAAUCUGGAACCUGUUCUCGUGCAGUUGAUUCACAGUGUGAACCGGCUAGCAAUGGAAACAAGACGAGUGAUGAAGGGGAACCACUCCAGAAAAACGGCUGCCUUUGUCCGGGCUUGUGCUGCCUACUGCUUCAUCACCAUCCCGUCCCUGGUGGGCAUCUUCACACGCCUCAACCUCUACCUGCAUUCCGGUCAGGUGGCCUUGGCCAACCAGUGCCUCUCCCAAGCUGAUGCUUUCUUCAAAGCUGCCAUAAGCCUCGUUCCGGAAGUCCCGAAGAUGAUCAACAUCGAUGGGAAGAUGCGGCCGUCGGAAUCAUUCCUGCUGGAGUUCCUCUGCAAUUUCUUCUCUACGUUGUUAAUAGUUCCGGAUCAUCCUGAACAUGGAGUCCUGUUUCUUGUCCGGGAGCUUCUCAACGUGAUCCAGGACUACACCUGGGAGGACAACAGUGAUGACAAGAUCCGCAUCUAUACCUAUGUCCUGCACCUCCUGUCUGCCAUGAGUCAGGAGACCUACCUCUACCACGUAGACAAAGUCGACUCCAAUGACAGCCUCUACGGGGGAGACUCCAAGUUUCUGGCUGAAAACAACAAGCUGUGUGAGACAGUGAUGGCCCAGAUCCUGGAGCAUCUGAAGGCCCUGGCCAAGGAUGAGGCCCUGAAGCGCCAGAGUUCGUUGGGUUUGUCCUUCUUUAACAGCAUCUUGGCCCAUGGGGACCUGCGCAACAACAGGCUCAACCAGCUCUCCGUCCACCUGUGGCACCUGGCCCAGAGGCACGGCUCUGCAGACACCAGGACCAUGGUAAAAACUCUGGAAUACAUCAAGAAGCGAAGCAAACAACCAGACAUGGCUCACUUGACCGAGCUGGCCCUCAGGCUUCCUUUGCAGACAAGGACCUGACUCGAGUCCCAUCUCCAAGGCCUACACCCUCGGGCUUCGGUGCCAUAUCCGGAAAAGACCUGCUUUUUAUUUUAUUUUUACAGCUUUGGCCUUUACCAAGAUUAUUCUGACCCUGAAGUGGAAUCGUAAGAGCAUUAAAAUCUAACCUUGUUCACUGAGCGGCAAAAUAAUUAGCUGCUUUCCAGUGGUGUCUUUUUUUAAUUGGAAAAUAAUAACCUUAAAAGAACCACUGUUUUCCUCUCCAUAUUUUGCGUCUGGAAUUAAAUGUUGUCUAAACCACCUUGCAGGAUUCAUAAAAGGCAGGCUCAAUUAAUUUCUUUUUCUAUCAAAAUGAAUUGGACUUCGAACAUAUUCUGUGAGUAAACCUCCUGAAGAAAUAUUUAUGUUCAUGGCUGUUUGUUUAAUUACUUCUGAUUCUCUUCAUCCAGAGAAUGUGUCUAAACAUAUUGUGUGGUUUGCUUUGCAGCCAUCAUUCCAAAAAGCAUGUGGUUCUGUCUACUUUUUACCACCAGUUUCGUGGGACUUAUCUUAUAUUCCCACUGACAUUUUAUUUUGAAUCAGUGAACAUAUUAAUAUUGAUUGCUGACGAGAAUGCAA